AUGGCUAAGCAAAAUCAAAUCGCAAGCCACAGUUCAGCCCAUAUGCACGAUUCAGCUCUUCCUGGCUUGUACUCUAACAUCCUGUCUGAAUCUCUAACCCCUGGGACAUCUGCUAUUUUUCUAUUUUCUGUGCUGAUCAAGAAAGCGACUUUCAAGAACAGCAUCUGUUUCCCUCUCUGUACACUCAUUUCAACAAACAUGGAAAAGGAACAAUUCGUCAUGCAAAGUCUGAGAUCGUUAAGCGAUAGGGACAUACCGAAGCGUUUCGAUGGAGGAAAAACCAACGGCUGUGUCAAGUUCUUCGGCAACACCGCGGCUGGCCGAAUAGUUAGAGCAACCACUUCCUCGACGGUCAACGUGGUCAACUCUGUCUUGUACCUCUCACCAUGGGGCGGUCUGAACCCGAUCGUGAUAGCUAAUAUUCGCUGCCGCGACGCCCUGCUGUUUGGUAUGGGUCUUGCUCUUGGUGGUGUAGGUAUCGAAGCCACAGCCGACCUGAUUCCACUGGACGUGGUCGAGCGUGCAGCCGACUUUCUCUUGGGAGGCACCGCCGCGGGAACAGUCGGAAAACUGCUUGUUUUCCAAGUUGUGGAAGAAGCGCUCGACGAAGGAUUUGACAAAGGCAACGAAGUUGUGCGCAAGGGUGUGGGACCACGCGGUAAAUCCUUAGCACCCGUGGGGGGCUCCACGACGCUGAAGAAUCUAUUCGUCAAGAUCAAGACACCGUUUAUGGGCGAGAAAGCUGUGGUCGAGAUGCGCGGAGCGACAGAAUUGGGAUUACUGGGUUGUGAUGUGACGAAAGCUUGGUUUGUCCCUUACCUGGAGAGCACCGGCCGAACUUGUCUCUUGAAGAGAAGCAGCAGCUUCGGUAUCGCUCACAUGCUUGGACCCGCCAUUAGAGGUACAGGCGACUGGCACCUUGCCCUUAGUCUGUUGCAAGCUCUGCCUUCUUUAAUCAGGCUCUCAACAAUCGACUCUCCACUACCCGACAAAACACAUGGACACCUGCUGAUCGCGACAGUCGCGAUUGCACCUUAUCGUGGACUGUGGUCGCAAGCAAAAUGCCCCAACAGUGCAAAGCUGAUGCUCCGCCUACUCGACCAAGCAUCGGGACUUGUGGUGCCCGUUAAGGACACGACACCGAUUAUUUCCUGGAGUGGCAUUACAGUGAAGCAGAUGCGGUCGGCGCCGAGUGGUAGUCAAAGUGUGAAGGACCAGUGCCAGCUUUGGUCGGAAUUUAUCAAAGAACACGUAGAGGUGGAGAGAAUGCAAGGAGAUUGGGAAAAGAAGUUGGUGGCAAGCAUCAAGGCCAUCGCAGCUAGCUGGAGCUAUGACCAGGCUAAAGAUGGUGAAUGGUUGAACAACGUGGACCUGAAUCGAGCAGGAAUUGUAGCUUUUUACUAUUGA